GCCGGGCCGGGCCGGCCAGCAGGUUUGUCGGUACCGGCGCGGGGAAGGGAGGGCUGAGGGGCCGUCUUUGGGAGAGAGGCACAAAAGGCAGUAAUGCAACACUGUGCCUGUCGCAGGUUAUGGAAUCCAUGCGUGUGUCUGCCAGAGAUCUGUGUGAAUACGAUGACCUUGCCACAAGCCUGGUCCUGGAUCCUUACUUAGGUUUCCGUUCCCACAAAAUGAAUAUCAGCAAUAUACCUGUUGUCAGGAGACACCAAUACCUCAGAGACAUCGUGCAAAAGUUUCAGAGCUCCCGAGACUUGGAAAGUGUGUACAGAGCACUGACCCUGGGGGAUUGGGCCUGGCAGUACUUCCUACACAAAACCCGUCUUGAAGAGGAGAUCUUCAAAUCUCAGGUAUUCCGUUACCUUCGAAUCUUUCUGCCAGAAAGCGGGUUUCAGAUCCAGCCGUGCAGUCGCUACUCAUCAGAGACUAACGGUGCUAAGGUUGUGUCCCUGAGGAAGUGGACGGAGAGCGACAAGAUCGAGCUGCUGGUGGGCUGCCUGGCGGAGCUCUCGACAGAGGAGGAGGGUCUCCUGCGGCCGGGAGAGAACGACUUCAGCGUGAUGUACUCCACCCGCAAGAAGUGUGCCCAGCUUUGGCUGGGGCCAGCCUCCUUCAUCAACCACGACUGCAGACCAAACUGCAAGUUUGUGUCGACCGAAGGUGACAAGGCGUGCGUCAAAGUGCUGCGAGAUAUCGAAGCCGGGGACGAGAUCACCUGUUACUAUGGCAAUAGCUUCUUUGGGGAAAGGAAUGAGCUGUGUGAAUGCUGCACGUGUGAAAGGCGAGGUGAGGGAGCCUUCAAACUCAAGACCCGUCCCGAGGAGACCGAGGCCUGCUCCAAGUACAGCCUGCGGGAGACGAUUCGCCUGAGCCGCAUGAAGGAGAAAGGCAACGGCAGACACCCACCCGCACAGCUCCAUUGUCAUUCAGCGACUGGAAAACCAUUCUGGCAGACAUCGAGUUACAGACUGUCCCUGAGCUCGAGGAGACGGGCCGGAGCGAAGUCAAAGAGACAGAGCUCCCGUAGCAACAUCAGAGCGUCGCCUCGAUCGGCACCUCUGCUGCUUCAGUGUUACGAUCCCGGCAAGCGGAAGAUGCCGAGAAGCAACAGCUGGUCGAGGAAAUGGAGGCCGGAUGGUGACAGAGGAGAAUCGUGGUCAGCCCAGGGCUCGGAGGAACCGCUCCCUCCUGCUCACUGCUACCCGGCCCGGCCACACCAAACCAAAGCCACCGUAUCGAGAUUGCCCGGCACUCUCCUGAUCCUGGAGGGCGUGGUCCUCAAGGAUGUGCGGGUGGGCCUGUACGAUUGCAUCAAUCUACCCAGGGGUUCGAUCGACUCGCUAGAACCGGGGCCCAGAGAACACAGCGGAGGGGGUGUGAGGGGAAAGCGUGGGCAAGGCCAAGGGGAAGACAUGGAGCCUGAGCCAACUGACAUCCAGCGGGAAGGAGAAGGGAGCAAGCCGGAAGCGUUUGCGAGCACCAGUGGAGUUGUAGGCGCUAGGAUCUUUCUGAGGAAGCCCAAGGCCCCGUUGGAGGGCUUGGUCGCAAGCCCAGAGGAACGUGCUGUCUCCGAGGAACAAGUACUUGGCUGCUGGAGGUUGUGCGGGACAGAGGGUCGAGUUGGAAACCCCUCCUCUGGAACUUCUACCGGUUCCACCAUGAGCACGAAGAAGGUGGCGGGGGUCCUCACGCUGAGGAGGAGGAGGAAGAGGAGUUGGUGGAGGAGAAGGAGAAGGACUUCCAGUAAAGAGAGCCAAAGUCCUCAAGUCACAAAGCCAUCGCUGAGAAGUAAUUACACAUUGACCCAUUUUGUGAAGGUCGACCUAAGCAAGGAUGUUGUCUCUCUGAGUCAAAGUUCCCUGCCUCCCCCUCCCCUUCCUCCUCCUCCUCCUCCCAGUGUUAAGAGGCAGAGUUUGUGCCUGAGCGGGACAGACGCCCAGCGAGACCCCAGCCCAAGGCCCCUGCUCUCGCCCCGCCCGCAGGGCGCGAUCUGCGACGUGCGGGUUGUGCUAGAAGACAUUGCAAAGAUCUGCGAGCAUGCCAGCCGCGCCUGGUACGUGAGGAGGUGCUUGGCUGCCAGGCUGGCCCUGGGGAGAGGAGGGGGACCGAGCAGCGCGGAAUCCGCUGGGGCGCCCGACUGGACUGGGAGCAGCAGGGCGUUGGUGGAAGGUGGGCAAGACGCUGUGGUGGGCAAAGUGUCCAGGCAGAGGCAAACCCCAAGCGGAAGCGGGAAGGUGGCAGGCGCGAACGAGGGAAUGAUGGGCCUUGGCAUAGAGCCGAGGAGGAAGGGACUGCGGAGCUUGGCCUCACUCUACCGUUCGGACACCACAGGGCUCCGGUGCGACGAGGGGACGCUCUCCCAGCGGUGUCUGGCGUCUUCAGCCGCCGCGGCAGCCAAGCAGCCCCCCGCCUUCACCCCCUUCGCCGGGUCCAAGCGCCUGCGUCUCGUGGUCAGCCACGGCUCCAUAGACUUCGACGUCACCUCCUCCGCCAGCGAGGAUUCCAUCUGAUCAUUGACAAGGGGGAAAUGGACGUUCCCCCUCUCCUUUCAAUGAGAAGAUUACACAGAGAUCACUACGUGCGGGCCUUACAACAAUUUACCUUCCACGUAGGGAAGAUGACCCAAGGUGCUGGACAGUCAUUGCCUCUUAACACGACUGUUGCAAUUUGGUGGCUCUCUUCACCUUCCCCCCCCCCCACUCCCAACCCACACCAAUCAUACAGUAUCUUCACUUCAUAGGCAGGGAGGUUGCAGGUCGAUCCCCUGCAUAUGCUGAGUUCCUGGGUUGGUGGGGGCUGCAGGCAGCCUCAAUGCUCCUGGUUUUGGGGUGGGGGGGUUCGAGGGGGAGAGGGUGAGAGAAGGGGGGGUGGGAAGAAUGAGUUAGAGUCUCUGCUCCUGGUCCACUGCCCAUUCCUAGGCAGGCAUUUGACAUCUAUGGCCUGGAAUUCUAAAACCUUCCAGAUUUGGGAAUCAGAUCCACAAGUCCCAUUUCUCCACAGUUUAUAUAUUUGGAAAAAAAAAGACCGUAUUCUAAACUGAGUCUAGAUGUUUACCAACUCCCCCGCACGACGUACAAUCUUAGCCUUAAAACGAUGGUCUUAAGGCUAGGAGCAGCUGGAAUGUCGUGGUUCUGGUGGGGACAGAGGGCUUGGGGGUGAUGUCCGUCCCCUUUUAUAAACCCUCCUUCCUCCCGCAGGAGUGCCAUCCCUUUGAUCCCGAGGACAUGUGAUAUGAUAUGAUCUGCCGCUUGGGUGAGGUACUGGAAGUGUGGGGGGGUGGGGGGUCGGGGUCAGUGUCUUCAGGCGAGAAGAGAAUUGGCUGAGUAAAUAACCCUGUAACCUCUAGACAGAUGACCAUCAUUGUAAAGAGAAUUAAGACGGGAUGUGGCCGUUGCCAGAUUGAGAGCCUGACAUUGGGUCACCCUACAUUCGCCAACUGGGUGGCGUCUGCCUGGCUGCCACCCUUUCCCCAUCGACCAUCCGAUAACUCGUGAAGCGAUGGGUGAGAAGAAAAAUGUCCGUCCACUUAACCUCGUCAACUUUCCUCCUCCGAGCGAUUCUCCCUCC